GUGAGACACCUAGUUUACAUGUGAAAAAAGCAAUCUAAUGUGCCACAAUGAGGCUGACAAUCUCUCUACAAAGGACGUCUAUGACGUGGUUGAAGAAGCAGCUAUGGAAAGUUAAGAAGAACUACAAGGUUGAGAAUGUCAUUCCAAUGGCAGUCUACGAGAAAGGAAUUAAUUUUGAAAAUCCAACUCCUAAUAAAACCAAAACAAAGCGAGUUCCGAUACACAUACCUCCACCACUGAGUAAUCCUCGUAAAACACUGAAGGAGCAAAAAUAUUACAAUGAGGAGCCAAUGUUGACCUUUAAUCAGAGCACUAAAAUGAUGGAGGGAUUAAAACAAGCCUGUAUUCUAACAAAGACCAUGCCCAUAGAAGGACUACCUGAUUCAGUACAUGACUUAAUAGGCAAAGAAUCUAUCCCAUACCAGGAUGAGUUGGUCCAAAGAGCUAUCAUGCAGGCCAAUGUUUGGCACACUGACAUGGACAAGAUGCCCAAACGUAUCAACAAACAGAAACCUGGCUGGAGGUUUAAGGCAGAAUGGGGCAUCAAGCUGGAGAACAGAAGUUCCAUGUUAGUAUGGGACCUACUGAGAAUAUGUGGGGUGCUAGGUGGGAAGUACAGUGACCUAACAUUGAGGAGACUAACUAAGAACCAAUUGACUGGUUGCAUACAUACGUUUGAAAACAGACAGAUCAACAUAUCAAAUGCCAGUGAGGCUCAGGUUUGGGCACCAAGGCCCCUGCCCCAAGCCAUGAACACUGAGGAUGUCGACUCAACAGUCACACACCAACUGCCUGACAUCUUCCCUGUUUCUCCAUUCAUAGAUCUGCCUCUUGUACAUUUAUAUGAAAACAAAACGCACACAGGUUGGAGCAACCCAAAGGCAGAUAGCAGGUUUCCCCAUACAAUGUACAUCACUGACAACAAGUGGGCCAAACCUGAACACAAAGAUGCAAGAGCCCUGAUGUUCCUGUUUGCCCAAGCUGUGGCCCAUUCUAAAGAGAAAUAUGGGAUGAACAUCCGCCAACUACCUGAACCAAUCACAAACCAGUGUGUUUACACAGAUGGCGCUAAAUUCAACUUUGUGACAUUUCAACUGAAUACUCUCGACACAUCUAAUCCAGAUGGCAUAAAGAAUGUUGUAUGGAUCGACAGGGACAAUGAGCUUUAUGAUAGGCAAUUACCAUUCACCCAAAUGAUGACCAGGAGAACUAAAUAUUUGGAUUAUGAUUCAGCAAUUUUUCAGAAAUUUCUAGCAAUGUAUUUAAGUGGAGCCGUUCUAACUCAGUGAAUUAUGCAAAAAGUUACAGUUAAUUGAACGGAUUAAGAAAGAUGUCAUUGCCAAAGUUUUUUUCACAUGCUACAUUGAGAAGUAUCAAGGAGUUCUCAAAGUAUCAUUAAAAUAUCAUACAAAUUGUAGAACUUUAAAAAUUAUGAAUUAUAAAAAUGAAUAAAUUAUUAAACUAUUGUUAAGAAAUGAACUGUAGAUUCUCUUGAAAUACAAAGGAAUAACAUAGUUUAGACUGCUCUGGUAGAACAAGAUAGAACUGAAAAAAACUGUUUUUCUGGUAUAUGAAAAGAACUUGGACACCCUGUUGAUGUGCUAAUAACCCCAGCUGGUAUUUGUCUCAGUGGAAAUAAACAAUACGUUUAAAUGAAAUAUGAUCAUUUAUGAGCCCUGGAUUAAGAAAUAUCAUAAUUUGUUAUUGAAAAAGCAGGUGUUUUCGAGAAAGUCAGUACACUAAGUUCAACAAUGAAAUAGUACGAAUGAAUUGUAAUUACUUUACAAUAGACUCAUAUUGUAAUUCAUCCCAUAUGUACCACCAGUUUCACAUAAUAGAC